AUGUUGCGCAUAAAAGGGAAGAAAAAAUUCGGCGUGCUAGAGAUUGGCUGUGGUAUACGGGUUCCGUCAGUGGGGAGUCAGGCAGAAGGGGUUGUUUGCUAAGACAGCUUCUUUGGUUUUGGUUUCUUUUUUGCUGGGAAUGCUAUAUAUGUUCCAGGGCUCAGGGCUGAAGGCCCCCCCGAUAUAACUUUUUAAGGGGGGGGGCCUCCCAGCCCCGGACCCUCUUUUCGAGGGGCUGCCAGGCGGGAAGGCCUCAAAGCGCCCACUUCUGGCCCACUUCUGACCCCUCCCCGCUUCUUGCCUGUACCCUAGAGCGCCACCAAACCGGAGGACGCUGAAGGUGGCAAAGGAGGCAAGGCAGGGCCCCGCUGGCUUGUUGCGUGUACCCUACAGACCUGGCAAAGGAGGCAAGGCAGGGCCCCGCUGGCUUGUUGCGUGUGCCCUACAGACCUGGCAAAGGAGGCAAUGCCGGAGCCCUCUGGCGUGUUGCAGGUACCCGACAGAGCUGGCAGAGGAGGCAAGGCGGGACCCACCCCCUUGGCGUUCUGCAUGUGCCCAACCCUACAGACCGGGCAAAGGUGGCAAGGCUGGACCCCUCUGGCGUGGUCCCCCAAAGCUCCACUCACAGGGGGGGGCCUCCCUCCCUGGUACCUAUAUACAUUGCACGAGAAAAAGACUGGCGCUUACCUUUAUCUUGUGUUGCGUGUUUAAACUUACUUAGAGAUAGUAAGGCAGAGCAUUCAUUAACUAAUUCUAAUACACCUAGAAGGAUUAUACUGAUCGUCGUUCCGCAAAUGUGGUUCUCCUCCAAGAACUUUAAAUUACACUUCCAUGCCCGUGGAUUGCCACUCCUGAUCAUUACGCUUCUAAACCGCGGACAUCAGCUAUGAAGAAUCUGCCUCCGAAUCAGAGGUCGCAGGAGAUAGGAAAAGGGAUUUUGCUUCCGUCGGCACGCGCGUCAAUCCUGGUGACAAGACCUGCAGCGAAAUUUUAGAGGUAGUCGCUCGAAGAAUAGAAAUUUUAAAAGCAAUGUUGGCAGUUCAAGUUCUUGUCGAUGCCGAGAGACAAAGAAGCAGACCUGGAUUCCGUUCGCACGCAUGGUGGUCCACGCUUAUCUAAGACUAAAUCUUGAGCGUACUGCAUAAGCGAGAGUGUGGAAAUAGUAGCUCUAGCCGCGUAGUUCAUGAAGUGCCAAUAUGUUGUGUUGUUCUUUUAGUAGUAGAGUUUUAAUCCUACUAGCGGUUAUUUAUGACUAUGUCGUCUAUAACGUGAACAAAAAUCAAAGAUGAAUGACUAUGAAGAUUUUCUUUGCUCCUUUAUGUUUAUGCACUGGAGGAGCUUGCGGGGGAAGUGAUUAUACUAACUGGUGAGUUAACUUAGGUGAGAGAAAAGAUACGCUCUCUGGAAGGUUCCUGGACGACAGUCGACAAAAAAUGUCGGCUGAGGGACCAACUAGGGAGAGGGUUGGGGGCAACGGGCCCCGCGAACCCCGUCGUGUGCGGUGCAAAAAAUGCACUCACGCGCGACGCCGCCGGUCGAUGCAAUGGCGCAUCUCGGCGAAGGCGAACCACGGUUCGCGCCUCCGCGGAGGCUCGGGUGCGGUCGGGUGAGAGCGUUAAUGCUACACCCACGGGGCGGAGUUCACAUGCAGAGCGGAGCAGAGCGGAGCGGAGCGGAGCGGGCUGCCGGCGCACGGGCCAAAGCGCUCGUGCGUAGGCCGCGGGAGGGCCAACGCGCCCUCCGGCGGUGCGGUGGGCAGGCGCGUGGCGCCCAGUGGGGGGUGCUGGGGAGCUCGUAAAAAUCGAGUUCCGCCGCGCGCGCGGCGCGCCAUCCCCUCGCGGGGCAAAAAUCGCCGCGAGGGUUUGGCGCUUGUGGCAGCACAUUUUCGUAACCUCAAGCUGAAAGCUAGCUUGGGCAGGUCAAAAAACUUUUCUUUUUCCCAAAAAUCCAGGGACUUUCUGUGCGCGUAUAAUCGCAAUCUAGAAACUAGUGACUAGUAGUGCCCCCGCACUCUGGUUUUCAGCAAAACAAAAAACAAAAUGACCUCCCUGAAAAGCGUCGGAGACCUCGUCAUCCACACAGGCAAAAAUCCUGUGGGGAGCGAGGACGUCGACGAGAAGGGCAAAGCCCUUCUGAAACUGAUCGACGGAUCACUGUUUCACCCCUCCAUGGCGGAGGCCAUGGAGGCGCUGCAAAAGCAGCUGGAGGAGAAGACGCAGUAUGAGGAUAAACUCAUCUUCUGCGCAAACAUCCAGGACUGGAUUGCAGCACUCCGACAGAUGGUCGGUGAACUUCCGGAAACGGAAUUCAUCGACACGGUCAAAAAAGACCUGGAGGACCCGCGCUUCGUGGGGGAAGGUGGAACCCUAACCGAACAGGGCACCACCUUGAUGUGGUUCCACUUGUGGUUGGGCGCAUACCACGAGGAACUAACGGCCGAACCCUGGGCCUCGAAGUCUCUGAUUAAAAAAGAGACUUUUGAAGCCGGCGCGAAGCUCGCCGAAAAACGAAAGUUUCGGGAGGAAAACCCGCAGCUGAACCUGGCGGAAGUCCCGGCGCAGACCGCCAAAAAGGAGGUGAUAGUCCGCUACCUGAUCGAGCGCACCAACAAAGAGGUGCUCAACGACUGGGACGCGAAGCCGGCCAAGACGCCGUGGACGUCGGUCCGCAAGGCGCACGAGGAGGAGGACCGAAAGCUCCUCGAAGAAGAGGAGAAGCAGCGCAAGGCGGAGCUCGAAGCCAAAAAGAAAGAGGAGGAGGACUCCGUGGACUUCGCCGACAAAAGCGAAGAGUCCUCCGAGGAGCCGCCGGAGACGGCAGCUCUGUUCAAAACGUUCGCGAAGAAGACCGCAAAGGCCAUCGCAACGGCUUUGAACAGCAGCGGAGAGGACAAAAUCCUCUCCUAUGACGACACGCGCCCGGCUAGCGAAGGAGAAAAAUUCUUCGUCUACCGACGCGUAAACGGCGUCGAGAAGAAAACAGAGGUGAAAGUCGUCUGGCCUUCCGUCUUAACUCCGGGCGAGGAAGUCGCAGACGCACAGGAGCAGUAUAAAAACUGCUUCUUCACGAACGGAGAAAAAGCCUCUAAGCAGGCGAACCACGUGCUCACCGCGUUAUUAAAACACGUGGAAAAGCACGGCCUCCGCUCCGUUUUCGACGUGGACGAAAACAGCGUCCUGAACACGACGGCAGGCCAACGCCUCAACCAAAAGGCGCUGGCGCUGCUCUUCGGAGCAUACGCGGCCGCAGGCAUCUGGGGCGAAGCCCAGGUGGGAAAAAACCAACCCAAGGUCUCAAACUGCGCCAUCGCAGGCUUUAACGGAGACAACCUGCAGCGCACAAACAGCGCGUUCCAGAACCUGGUCCGGAAACAGGUCGUCGCCAGCGUCCCGGCUGACUACUGGGACAGAUGCAACCUGGACCAGUGCUGGGAGACGCUGCGCCGCGUGGAAAGCGCCAUCAACGGCGCCACCGACCUGCAGCCCUUCGACUUCAUGACCGAGUUCAACGAGAACUUCCCAGAAAUCGCCAUCAAAAAAAUGAUGGUGUUCUUGGGAUUCAUGAAGGAAGGCUCCCGCAGCCUCGACGCGCUCCAGCAGAAGAUGAAGCGCUGGGAGACCGGGCUGGUGAACAGAUACAUGUUCAACCUGCUGGCCUGGUACAACCACUUCGGUCUCCACCUCAUCGACGAGGCGCGCUACACGGACGAGGAAGACGGGGGAAAAAUCAAACCGCCCGUCCAAAAAGCGUUCUUCAAGGAGAACAUGGAGGAAAUCAAAAAUGAAAUGUUCUCCAUGCGAGACGCCGAGGCGAGCUUAGGCAAGCCGAGAAGCGAACGUGUGACAGUCACACUGCGCUCUCGUAGCCACAGCCGCCGCCGCAGCGAAUCGCGAGAGCGAUCGGCGAGCGAAGGCCCGCAAAACCCGUUCGGCAGCGACGCCGACAGCGGCGGGGACGACGACACGGGCACAACCAUGCCGAGCGACACUUGGUUGGAGAGUUUGGAUCUGGAAAAAACAGAUUUCAACCCGGCCAUGGACCCAGUCCACAACCGCCGCCUCGACAAACGUGUCGACGUGGUGCUAGCCGAGCGCCGAAACGCGAAGGGAGGAACACGCACCACAUACUACGUGUACUUCCCUCAAACCGGCUUAGUGGAGCCGUCCGCAUUGAAGUCCCUGAAAAAUAUGGGACUCAUGCUUCCGCCGGCGGUAUGCCACUGGUUCCACGCGCACAAAGCGCAUGCGGUGCAGUCAGGCUGUCGCAACGACGCUCAACACCUGGAAUGCACACACCACCACCUCAUCGACCGCAACCGUCCUCCCCCAGACAUCACUAUCGCCAAGAGAACGUGGGCAGAAGUGAUCCGCUCGCAAAAAGAGCUGGCCGAAGUCCUCUUCUCGGCCCGGUUGGCAGGGCGAAACAUCAACCAGCAGCCAACCGGCACAGCGGCAAAACGAGCGGCAGCGAAGGACAAGGAAGCAAUCCGCCACCCGAAAGACUUCGUAAAACCGAAAGUCCAGCCGAUGAAGGCGAUGAAGGCCAAAAACGGCCGAACACGCCGCCAACCGAAAGGACCCCAGCGAAGCGACGCAAACGCGGUUCCGCUGGGACAACGGCAUCGCAACGACAGUCGCGAAAAAGACAAUCGUGGCCGCAACAAAUCGAAGCGAUCGAACGAGCGCAAAAACAGCCGCUCACGCGAUCGACGCCGAUAAAUCGAGAGUGAUGGAGGGAAAAAUCCUCCUGGGGAGAGACGUGAAGGAGCACGUUGGGAGCAAACGCUCCCUCGCGGUGUGGUGGAAGGAGCCACGCACAAGCUAGAACGCGACUAGCUGGAAGAAAAAGGCUACCGGCCUCGAGGACAACAAAUCCUCGAAAAACAGAAUGCAAAAGCAUUCGCCAUAAGCCCUCUGGUCAAAUUACCAGGGGCACCGGACCAUUAUUAAGUUAGUGGCGGAACAAUAAAUUCGUCCUUUUUGACAGAGUAAAAAACACUCUAGUUGAGAGGGAGGAAACAAAUCAAACCACCAGUGACGACUGGUGGCCGAAAGGGAAAACGCGGCGGCGGCGGCGCAGUGUUCGAGGGAGUGACGUGUUACAUCUCGUCAAGCUAAAAAGAGGGAAAACAGAGUGGGAAGGAGUUACGAGUAAGUAAAGAAGCUAGGCUGGGGAGACCACUUCAUGAGAUACGGCAGGAGGCCAAGAUCCAUGGUGGAGGUUCGCCUAAGCAGCCGCACGAACCAGCCUAGACAAAAAAGUAAGUAAGGACGAGAGAACAAACUAACUAAAUAAAAACUAAAAAGAACGUUAGAGGGAACAACAGCGAGAGAUAAAUAAAAAAGUAACAUUAAAUAAAUGUCGAAGCGGGCGGACGCACUGCGCAAAGCUGUCGAUCUAAACGACGACGAGCUGCGCGCCAUGGGAGAAGCCGACUCCACGACUAGAAACAAAAAGUCGCGAGUCGCCUUCUUCCUCGACUGGCUAGCGGCCAAGGGUGAAAAGCUACCCGUGAGGCCGGAGGCGGUGCAAAGAUUCGCCGCCUUCCUAGUGUUCAAUGAAUACACCUCAGUCGCGCAGUACACAUCCAGCAUCAUCAUGUGGCUGGUAGAACCGCCACCCGCGGAUGGCCCGCAGCGGCUAGUCGAAAGCCCCGCCAUUCUCCGAAACAUCGGGGACGUGGAAAAGGCAAUUGAACGAACAAUCCAAGACCACAACCCGAGGAAAGCAAAGCCUUUCCUACCGGGUACGAAGCUCGAGGCGCUAAAGGCAAAAGACCAAAAAAUGGUCCUCCUUUGGGCGCUAUCGGGAUUGCGGGGCGACAGCAUCGCGGCGGUGGACGACACGGACAUCUCCAAAAAAGGAGACGUGUGGCGCAUCCACAUAUCCGAAGACAAAAUCCGCAAACAACGCGGUAGGAUAAUAGAAAUCCACUGCAAUUGCGACACCAACGCAAAAACAGCUGGUGCACGAAGUCGCUUUUGCCCGAUGCACGGCGAAGGCGCUGUUAUGAGAUCUGAUUUCCCAUUAGGCAAGGCCAGGAUAAGUAGCUUGGCGAAGGGAAUUAGCGGCACGCUGCACAGCUGCAGGAGAGGACUCGCAUUGGCAACGCGACGCGAGUGGGAGCAAGGGAAAAUCUCCGUGAAGGAGGAUGAAUUCCUCACCCACAUGGGCUGGGAACAGUCCAGCAAAAUGUGGGACGAGUACACAGCCGACCACAAAACGUGGGAGGCUUCGGAAUUCAUCCCGCUGCACGGAUUGCGCAGGCGGUGGCCCUCGGGGGGGGGUCCACCCCCGCGCGUCUUCGUGCAGCCCAAGGCGGUCCAAGAGGACACCUUGGUCAAGCGGACGAUCAAGAUCACCCCCAAGCAGAAGCUACAGAAGAAAGGGCGGAUUCAACAGAAUACCGUUACCAAAAAGGUGACGGCCCUAGCGCCAAAGAGCGCCAGUAGCAGCGGCUCAGGGGCACUCAAAGCAGUACCGGGUACAAAAAACGUACGCACCUGGCGGUUCUGAACCUCCAGUCGUCGGGAAAAGGAUGGAAGGCGCACCAAGGAGGCGUCGAGAAAGGAUGGCCCAAAGGGCUGGAGGUUCAAAGUGACCUUGUCCCCCAGCGGGGGGACAACGCCUGCUACUGCCGAGGGAUUAGCCGCGCACCCGGGCCAAAGCGCCCCGGACCAAAGCGUCCGACGCGAAGAGCGAGCACCCGAAACCUCGCGGGUGCCGGUUGAUUGACUCGUAGGGCGACGGUGCACGAACACCGGCCGAGCCGCGAGAGGGGUUACGACACCCGGACGUUGGUGUGCAACUCUCUCUGGGGAGGUAAAGGCCUCCCGCCACGCUCCGUGGCAAACUUAUGGGCCGUAGGUGCAACGACCGGCGCCGGCAAAGACCUGGGUCUGCCGAGCCAGCCUACCGUGCUGCCACAGCACUAAAAAGUAUAACUCACCAGUAGAUUUAGGAUCCCCGGGGGUUAAGUCUCCAGUUUGUAUAUCUAGCAAUCUAUUAACACAUGUGGAGGCUUCUUAUGUAGCGUCUAUGAUCAGGAUCACGAUGAGGUGCUGGCGUGUACGAAGAAAAAACAUCACCGUCGUCCCCCUCCAGGUGCUUUUCAGAAAUUCCAUGAUGGCGGACCAUUAGUCUCGACAAGAAGAAGAUGUACGUAGAAGGUAUACAGUUAGAAGGUCUGCGGAAAGACAGCAAGAUCCAACAACAAGAAAGUAACAAGAGAGAUCAACGCAACGACUUCGAGCGAAGAACAGCGUGCGAAAGAAAUAAAGAAGUGAGUGAAUAAAUAAUUAAUUAGGCAGUAGCGCUGGUGUCUUGGCGUUGACAUACGUGGCCCAUAUUUUCUACUCCGAAAACCCUCAACGAUAUCGAUGAUGAACGAAAAAAAUCAGACUUCAGGAGGUUGAAGAAGUUACUGCGUUACGAAGAAAUAAGUGACGUG